AAAUAUCACUACAAAUCAUGCUAUUACCUAUACUAAUAUUAUUUUACGCAUAAAAAUGUCAACAAUUUUUUGUCCCUAGGCCUCAUUAUUCUGCGCGGCCAAUGCGUUUUCGGUCACGUGGUCCGAACUAGUUGUGUCUCGAAUACGCCACCGAAAUGCUGUACUUACUGUUCACCUGGCAUUCACCACCUGAGUCAAGCAACAAAUAUAUAGCUGCUGGUGGCUCGAUAAAGAAUAAUUUUCUGUUUUGCGGCUGAUUUUGGCGAGGCUCAUAGUCUUAGACCGAACUUCCUGGCAAGCUCGUCAAGGCAGAGAAGGUCAAAAACGUUUUCCUUAAAUGUUAAAAGUGUCCGAAGCUCCUAGUGUCCUGCCUUGCAUCUUUCUAUUAGCCUCUCUUUACCCGUUGGAAAAAUACUAACAACAGCUUUCAAUACUCACACCGAUUAACUCACAUGCACACUGGAUGGCGAAAUUGGAGAUCUAAAAAGAAGGAGCUGUCAACUCAUCCUACAAAACGCAGGCCUGUGGAUCCUGAAAAGGCGCUUGGCCUAACGUGCGCAAGGAGUCAAAGUAGCUGCGAAAUAAGAAACGCAACCAGUCAUAAGUUUAGCACCUUCCUUAUUAAAAUUAAGAACUCUAGGGAACAAUUUCAUUUACGGUUAACUCUUUUUUACCCUAUUUACGGCUAACGGUUAAAAUUUUUCAAUUUUUACGGCUAUCGACUAAAUUAUGGCCGUUUUACGCCUAUCGGUUAACCUCAUUGAGACCCUGUUAUUUCCACCAAAUCGUGUCUAACGAGACAGGUGGAGCAAGCGUAACUGAAAAAGCUGAAAAAGGGCCCGAAAUUGCACGAUCCGGCGUAUGCGUAAACGUUUUUCCGUGUUGUGAACGCAAAGAGCCUUGGGAAGAGUUUCGUACUUUCAAAGGUGCCUUACGCCCUUCGAAAAUUUGUUCCCAAACUUGCUUCUCUCUCCACCUGAUCAUGAGUAAGAGGCAAAGACACAGGGUGACUGACUCCCACGCGUUUACCGCGCAUAUGUUCGCAUUAGGCUCUAAUUGGAUCCCAGCAUAUAAGCUCAGUCUGUUACUAUGGGCCAGAAUACUCUGGUUUUGUUCCUACGAAUGUCAGUUACACACGGCUUUGAUACAUUUUGACAUUGCUUUAACAGGAGACGAGCUUGCUUCGUAAACUUCUGUACACGAAUGCUGCAAGAGUUACUCAAGAUAAUGAUUUUUAUGCGUGGAAGGAUUCAUUUCUUUGCCUUUUAUUUCCCAGAGAACGCUCCCAAUUGGCGGGUAAGUUGAGCAUGUUAAAUAGAAAUAUAUUCCAAUUGAGAGCACCACAAACAAUCAGUUCGUGUUACGAAUAGACCUUGUCACAGUCUUCGACGCCAUCUCGACGAGUAGGCAAACGCGUGAGAAAUUACAGUGUUUGUAUGACAAUCUAAUGUCGAAUAAUUUCCGUAGAACGGGUGUUCUGAAUUUUAAACUAAAGCUUCACUCCUAAGGAUUCUACUGAAAUUAAUUGAGGGUGUUACACGCGCUAGAAGACCUAGAACCACUUUUUAAAAUUUUCUGUACAUUUGUCUGCAAGAAAGUCCCGGGAAAAAUUACAGACAAAUAUAUGGAAAAUCGAAAGCAAGCUUAUGGAGAAAUUAAAGCACAGGUACGCCCCCAAAAUUUUUUUAGUACAAUCCUUUGCUUUGUAGCUUUAGUUUACAACUUGAUUCAUAUUUUUUUUCAGAACAGCGGUUUUAAGGAAAUUAUUGGACAUUAGAUUCUCAUACAAACACUGUAAUUUCCCACAUGUUUGCCUACUCGUCAAGAUGGCGCGUGCGUCGAAAACAGUGACAAGGUCUAUUAGACACAAGAGCUAGUCUUAGCCCGGUGCCUUUGGGAGCUUGAAGUUCCUGGUAAAGUGCUAGUUCAUGGCUGGGAGGAGGUUGGUGGGUCGUGUGGGAAGAGUAUGAAACACUGAACAAUCUGAGCGCUAUUUGUUGUUCUAUUCACUAUCACUACCAUUCUCGUUCCCAGGGUUCUUUCUCUUGCUUAAGAGAGAGAACCUUGGGAACGAGGUUAUUUUCCAUUGUUCCUGUGACGUCAUCGACAUUUUCUAAUGUCUUUCACACAGUGCGAUUUCACCUCCACAAAACGGAAUAAACCAAACGCCUUUAACUUAGAGUUUUUAAGAGAUCUUCCUGCUAUUAUAAGAGGCAUUUGUUUUAUUAUUAGGGACAAGUUUUUGUUUAUCUUGUAAGAUUAAAAAUUGGUAUUCAAAGAAACAAUAAUCAGUAUCUGUCACGGCGUAGUAUGUGCCAUCUCAAAUCUGUAAAGUAAAAAUUAUUUUGCCCUAAUGAGAAGUGAUAAAACUGACACCAAAAGCAUGUUAACCUCUCGAGAUUUCUGUAAAUUGACUUACAAACUAUUUGUGACCCAAUGUACCUCAUUCCUGUGCAAAAGUCGGGAAAAAUGGCUUGCAGACUGCAUUUCUUGUGGUUUUGACACGACAGACUGGGGUAAGUCGUACAUCGUGGCCUUCACUAUACACCAAUGAACCUAAACUAUGAGCCUUUCAAUUAAAACUUCUGCCCAGAAAAUCAUCAACUGUUUCCUUUUCAAAACUGGAAUGAUUUCUAAUAGGCAACUCUUUUACACCUCUUUCAGGAAUGUCCUGUCGAUAAAUCUUUUUGGAAUGUAAUUGGUAACUAGAUGAAAAAGAUCUCUUGCUUCCUUGACCAGGAUUUCUUAUUUCUCUCUUGCUCAGGCUCCCUGAAAGAUGCUACAAACCUGCUAUUUCAUCAUGUACUUUUAAUAAUGUUUCACAAUUACGGGGUUAUUUACUUUGUGGUGUUCAUCUUGUAAUAUUUAAACUUGUGUUAUUCAAAGAAAAAUAUUUUUGUGUUCUGUCAUAUCUAAUGAAAAUUUUUCUAAUGCUGAUUCUAUUUCUAAUGUCACAGAAAAGGAGGACGAGGAAAGGAACAAUUGUGUUGUGCCUCUAAGUGCAACAUCAACUACACCAGACUCUUUUCAAGAUAAUCGUUCUGAGCUCCCAAAAAACUUGUUGCACAGUGGAAAAAUGGACCCCUGGUCUACCGAGCAUGAUCGUGCCUCCGACUGUAACCCUCCUCAGGGGACAGCUUCAGUCAAAGUGCCAAAAUGUGCCUUUUGUCAAAUACAUAAAAGCGAUUUAAAGAGAUGUUUGGGCUGUGAGAAAGUAUCGUAUUGCGGCAGGAUAUGUCAGAAACAGCACUGGAAAGUUCACAAGCCGGAAUGUCGACAAGCACGCAAUAAGGAUACCAGAUUCGACAAUCGCCCUUAA